ACAUUUUAAAAAUCAAAACAAAGGCUAGAGAACGUUUCCCUUCUAGUUUCUUUUCUCUAAAAUACUAUUUUACUUUAUGUUGUUCAUCUAAAAGAAGUUAAAAUAAUGGAAGAUAAAAGGUUUUCCCACAUAGCCAAGGAUCCGAAAUUCCGGAGGAUUCCAAAAGGCCAGAGCAAAAUAAAAAUAGACAAAAGGUUCCAGUCCAUGUUUACGGACAAGAAAUUUCAAGUAAAAUACAGCACAGAUAAAAGGGGCCGACCUAUAAAACACCAUUCUAAAGAAGACCUGAAACGCUACUACGAACUUAACUCAGAAGAAGAGUCAGAGGAUGAGCCCGAAUCACUUGCAACAGGAAAGUUUGUUAGGGCCCCAAAGACCAAUGAAAGCUCUGAAGAAGAAUCUAGUGAGGAGGAACCUGAGGAAAAAGAAGGCACUAUUAACAAAUUGGAAGUUAAACAUAAAUGUGACAAACGUUUGCCUGACAUUGUUAAAGAAAAGCUGCUCAAUUUGAGUGUUGACUAUGCUAGAGGGGAAGGAGCACUACUUUCUGAUAGUUCUUCAGAUGAUGAAGAGACAGAUGAUGAAAUAUCAGAAUCUGAAGAAAUCGACCAUAGAUGGGGAGAAUUAGAUGCAGAUGCAGGCAAAACCGAGGAGGCAACUUAUAGACUUGCCGCAUGUAACUUAGAUUGGGACAGGAUAAGGGCUUUGGAUCUAAUGGUUUUGUUUAAUUCAUUUUUGCCACCUGGAGGUGUAAUCAAGUCAGUUGUUAUAUAUCCUUCUGAGUUUGGAAAACAAAGGAUGAAAGAAGAAGAGACAAAAGGCCCAAUAGAACUAGUAGAUGCAAAAAAGGAUGUCCAAUCAGAUGAGGAAAACGAAGAAGGAUCCACUUACCAUAUGGAAAAACUAAGACAAUACCAACUGAAUCGUCUCAAAUAUUAUUAUGCAGUCAUUUCUUUUGACUGUCCUGCUUCCGCUAAUAAAAUCUACACUGAAUGCGACGGUAUGGAGUACGAAUCGAGCGCGACAAAAAUCGAUCUGCGUUUCGUUCCGGACGACAUGACGUUCGACGACGUCCCUAAAGACUCUUGCGACAAACUACCGGACAAGUACGAGCCGCGAUUUUUCACCACGACCGCACUGCAACAGGCGAAAGUGAAUUGCACGUGGGACGAAACGAACCCCGACAGGCUGGAGUUUGCCGAGAAAAUGAACAGCGGGAAAAUCGACGAUAUUAGCGAGAACGAUUUGCAGAAUUUCUUGGCUGCGAGUAGUGAGGAAGAGGAGGAUGAGGGAGAAAGUGAGGGCGAGAAUGAGUCUGAUGAUGAUGAAGGAUCCCAAGCAGGUAACGCAAUCGAUAAGUACAAAGCUCUAUUGGCCGAUAUCCAGGAAAAGGAGGAAGAAAAGAAAAACAAAGACAUCGGCAUGGAGAUUUCCUGGGGGAUCGACUUAAAAGAGAAAACCGAUAAACUGAUAAAAGAAAAGCAGAAUAACCAGCAAGAAAAAACUCCGUUCGAGAAAUAUUUGGAUAAAAGAAAGGAGAAGAGGAAGGAAAAACGCGAACUGAAGAAGAAGAGCAAAAAUGACGAGGAAACCAACGAAGACAGCGAUUUACCUUCGGAUGUUGAUAUGAGCGACCCGUAUUUCGCCGAGGAGUUUAAUAAUCCCGAAUUUAAAAAGAGCAACAACAAUAAAAAGAAGAACAAGAAUAAAAAAGUAGAACAGAAUGAAGAGGACGCUGAAGAAGACAAAGAAAAGCAAGCCGAGUUAGAUUUGUUGUUAAUGAAUGACGACGAUGGCAAAAAACACUUUAGUUUGAAGAAAAUAUUAGAGAAGGAAGAAAAGGGUAAAAAGAAGAAAAAGAGGAAAAACAAGAAGGAAGCUGAAGAAGAGAUUGAGCCAGAGGAUGAGUUUAAGGUUAAUGUUGCGGAUAAACGUUUCUCGGCAAUUUUUACGAGCCAUCACUACAAUAUCGACCCUACCGAUCCACACUAUAAAAAAACUAAAGGGAUGGAGACCCUGAUUCAGGAGAAAAUCAAGAGAAGGACGGAAAAUGACGAGGUGGACGUGGCGGAAGCUAAAAAGCCUAAAAGCGAGCAAAAUCAAACGAAAAAGAAAGACGUGGAAUUAAGUAUGUUGGUUAAAAACGUUAAAAGGAAAGCGCAAGCUUUCAAGAAAAAAUGAGGUAAUAAAAUGUGUUUAUUGUU